GCGUGGGCGGCGGCGGCGCGGGGCCGGGGGGAGCCGCGGGGCCGGGAGCGGGGUAGGCUGCGCCCGUACUUAAGCGCGCUGCCCGAGCCGCUGACGUCUUUCGAAUUGGAGACGGGCUGCCCCGCUCCCGCCCCGGGCUCCAGCGGACACGGCCGGGGACGGAGCCAAGGUACGAGUGUCUUUCUAGAAUGUCCAGGCAUGCAAAAAAGCUUAGAGAUCAUGAUAUAAAUCCAUGUCUAGCGGAAACAGAUGCCACUACAAAAUGUAUGAAUGACAACAACUAUAACAAGGAUAUGUGUACUGAUUACUUUUUGAAGUACAAAAACUGCAGAAAAUUCUGGCAUGGCAUUAUGAUGCAAAGGAAGAGAAGUGGUGUGAAACCAGAGAUGCCCUCAGCAGAAGAAAGAAAGAAAAUCUUGGAAUCAAUGGGGAAGCCCUACUGACUGGAAAUCUGAAUUGACUGUUGUCACAAUACGUAUGAAGACUUGGCAGCAGCAAGUUACCAUUUCAUGAACCGGAUUUUACAGUUGCCAUAUGUUGGAUUAAAAUAAGAUCCUAAAUUUUGAAAUGUGGGAGCUUUCUAGGAUAGAAUUUCCUGGGUUUGUUCCUACUUCCUGUCAUAGGAACCUGGCCUCUCUUAUUGGAAGAUACGGGUCUCAAUGCCACUUGUAUAGAAACUUUUGGAAGUAGAAACUACCUUGCUGUGAAAUGCUAAAUAUAAAAUUAAUGGGACUUGAAGAAAGCCUGUUUGAAAAGAUGGGUUGGUGAGCAUUGCAGUGUGAUACUAAGACUGGAGCAGAUUGAGAAACUGGUACAUGCAACAUGUUUCUUGCACUCAGCUGUUCUGCUCAAUAGUAUGGAUUUACCAUGUAUGAAUGAUAAAUCACUAUUUUCACAUGUUGCAUUCUGUGUCCCCAGUUUAAAUAAGACUUUUCAUGAACUAAAAUCCUAAGUCAAACAAGCUUGUCAUUGGGUCUGCCACUGCACUUGUCAGGGACAGCAGAAGCUUGCAGUAAGUCAGAUCUGCAAGCUGUGCUAGUUAAAAGGUUAGAGAGAUGGGUGAAGAUAAAACUGAACUCCUCAGGUCUGAGCUGCAUAGUAAUUUCUGUGGAUAGUAAAUAGAUACUUUGGUGGCGGGCAGGCAGGGGGGACUUGCAGACAUGUAAACAGAUCCUCUGAGUGACAUGGCAGGUUUAACUAUAGCACAUCUAUCUAAGACUCUGGACAGCUGAAACCUGGGGUUUGGAAAUGCUUACUCAUAUGAGAUUACAAAGCUCAGUUUAAACAGGUACUCUAAUCUUAAAUAAGGUUGAUUCUUUAGCUAAAUUGAACAAGUAAUAAAUGUAAACAUGUUGCUGUCUAGGUGAAAUAGUGUUUUUUACCUUUUAUCUUCUGGUGUCCUGGCUUAAAAGCUUGUAUCCCGUGAUAAAACAGAAAAACUACUGUCAUGAGCUCAGAUUCCAUGUGAAAUCCUUUAGUUCAUACUGGGAUCAACUUGGCAGAACUCUGACUGACCUCAUGAAGGAUAGUGUAAAAGUGUUGUCUCUCUAUUUAGACUUUUUGGAAAGACUCCAUGGCUUUCUGUUUCUCCUGUCUGGCUUGUGUUGUUUCUUUCCACUGUAGGCCUAUUUCUUUGCUUGCUGUGAUUUCCUUGUUGUUUGAUCUGACUAGCAAUUCCACAAAAUCUGCUUUUGCUCUUCCUUUCUGCUCUCUGUUUACAUCUGAGUUUUGAAAUUGAUUGAUCCUACCCUCUCUGUUGGAAUAAGUGUGUAACUCUGUGCCUUUUGAGUAUGCAGUACUCCGAGCAAAGCUGUACAGCCUUCAAACAUGUCACAAGUUUCUCUUGUCAGUUCCUGGCAAGGAAAAUGUACUUUCUUCCAUCAAGACCAUAAGGUUCUUUAUUUCAAAUUACUUUCUCUUCACCUAAAGUGCAAACUUUGACAUUUUCCUCUUUUUGUAGUUGGGGUUUUUUGUUCUUGUUGUCUUUGAUUGGUUGUUUUUUGGUGGGAGUUUUUUGGGGGGUUUUUUGUUUUUGUUUUGGAGGUUAUUAUUAUUGUUUGUUUUUGUUCCCCUGUGUGUGGAGCUGAAUAUACUUUCAACGGCUUGCUCUUUGCUGCCACAUCCUUGCUAUCUUUUAAUACCCUCCUACAUACCAAUCUUUCCACUUUUUUUUUUGCCCAUUUGACACCAGUUCUUUUUUGACUGAUUUUAACAUUUUGGUCUCUUCUCAUUGCAGUUUUUUUUCUAGUACCUUUCUUUCAUCUCUGAUCUAAUGGUAUAGUCUUGCAGUGACUUUCUAAUAGAGCUCCUUUUGAAGGUUGUGUGUUCUCUGUUCUCUUUAAUAGUGAGAGAACUUGCUUUCAUUAAACUUAGCCAUAAUACUUCCUCAUUAACCAUGCCUCUCUUUGGUCUUCUUGUUCAUCUGCAGAUUUUGGGGAGCUGUUGUUCUCUUCCUUAGGGCUGUGUCUCUUCAGACUCUUCUGCCUUUGCUGCCUUUCUGGCUUUUUGCCUCCCUUGGUGUGUCUAAGGGCACCUUCUCUCCUACUUGGCACAGGUUUGUCAUUUGCCACCUCUGCUGUAUCUUGGGACAUGUUCUUUGGUCCUAUGGCUUUAACUACUAUUCUAGUGCUUGCUGUUUUUCUGUUGCUGUGCUCUUAAAUUCUGGGCUUAUAUUAAAAUCUACAGUAUAUUUUAUGUGCAAGAAAAACAUAAUCUUAUUCUUGAGGUGAGUAUGCCCAUUCUUCUUUGCAUAAGCUCAAGUUCCUUAACAUUAUUUCAUUUAUCCCAGGAUUUCCCUUCAGGUCUUCUUUGCAUGUAGAAAUACUUGUAAGUGUAGUAUGUAGCAGUGCUUAUAAUGCACUUAUAAGUUGUUGUUGUUGUUGGUUUUUUUUCCCUGACGAUAUUUGCUCAGGAAGUUUCCACUAAUGUUGUUUUCUUUUAAAGGAUAACUGGCCUAUCUUUUGGCAUUGUUAGGUGGCCUGUGCUGCUUUGUAAAGUGUUUGUAAAGAACUAGCACUGGUCUUCAAAAAAUCAGCGAAGGAGAUACGUUACUGUUUUCAGGUGUCAGUGCCAGAAUGUGGGAUCACAGAAUGGGCUAAGGCAAAUGGAAUGCAGGAACAGCAGUCUAACAUUACACUUCUGAUGAUCAGUGGAUGUACAUGGUAAGCUCCCUGUGCAUGUUACAACAAAAAUUAGUUUAGUGUAGAACUGAGAGCAAUUUAAGCCGUGACCUUGUUGAUUUAAUUCAGGUAAUUAGUAAUCUGUUGUAGGGAAUGUAAUUUAUUUCCAUUGUAUAUUCCUUACUGUUAAAUAACACAAGUUUAUAAAAAAUCUUGAGGGAGCAAGGCGUUUUCUUCCUCAUGUCGUAAUGUCUCUCAGGAGUGAUCUGUUACUUGAGUAUGAGUUUUUAUUAUUUUUAUCCCUCACUUGAGGUUGCUGUUCUUGCUUUCACUGCUGAAGCUCGAGUGGUAAAGUGUGAUAGCUUAAACAUAGGCUCUUACGAGUUGAGAUUUUUCCAUUAAUUUUUGUAGUGUGAUUAACUACCUUUGGUUGUGAGCCAAAGAUAAUGGUCUUUUCCUCAUACCUGAGAGCUUAUAUUCUACACUUCAUGAAACAGAGGUAAGCUGCAGCCUGCCACUCUUAGUGACCAAAAAAAACCCAAAACCUGGGCUGCAUUAUUAAUUUCCCUAAAGCACACUCUUGUAUGUUAACCCAGAAAGUGUAACAAAGUGGAUCAAUAUAAUUCAUUAAGGAUCAGGGAAAGGGAUCUGUGGGUUUGGUUUUGGUUUUGUUUUUUUUUUAAAUACUUGUAAUUACUCAUUUUGCUUGAUACAAGGACCAAAUCUGCAUAGUGGCAUUCAUGUUUGAUAAUUUUUUUGUUUGACAGCUGGAUGGUGCUGUUGCACAACAGACUGAGAACAGAACACUCCACCCACUACUAGCUCUUUCAAGCUUUUUUGGUCUCUUCCCACAGAGGUAGCAGAAUUCAUCCAAUAGAAAGGAAAGAUUGAUCCUGUCUCAACACUAUAAACAGAAAAGAAGGACAGAAGUCUAAAUCAUUGCUGGGAAAUAGGGGAUUUCUGUGCAGCCUGAGAAGCCCUAGAAUAUGGUCCUUGGUAGAUUUUUUUCAGUGUGGUUAUUUGAUCACAACUAGGCACUGAACAGCAACUGUAGGCUUUCUCCCAGGUCUAGGUGAAUAUCCUGGUUCCCAUCUGUACAUUUUUGCCUUCUCAUUUUUUCUGUUACUCUACAGUGCAAGGCCUUGUCUGGCUCAGAGUUUUCUGCUACCACAAUUGGGAUGAGUCUGUGCUCUUGAAGAUAUUCAAAGGAAAUUCACAGAAUUGCAGAGUAUCCUGAUUUGGAAAGGACCCACAAGAAUCAUUGAAUCCAAGUUAUCUACCUCUAGAAUCCUGAAAAUUUCUUUGGUUUUAGCUGAAGCUUUUGAAAGGCAGGGAGUUGAAUCUGCUGCUGCUCCAAGUCUCUUUCAUGAUCUUGUAAUGAAACUUCUGCACUCAAGUGAUGAAGAAAAUGUGCAUAGAGGAGCUUUUGGUAAUACUUUUGCAGAACAGAUAAGAUGAAUUUAGAGUUCAAAAUGUUAUGCUGUUCUAAUAGAUUUGGAGACAGCCCUUAACUCAUGUUAAAAGUAUCUACAUCUUUAAAGUUGGUCUUCCAAAAUAGCCAUGAAAUAAUUAUUGUGUGGAAAAACACCAUUGCAGGUUUUUGUUUUCUUGGAAGAAUCUCAGGCAACUGGAAGAAAUAGUUCUGUAAGUAUUAAAGUAGUAAAAAAUAAAGCAAGCUGGCUAUUUCAGAAUAUUUUAACUUUUAUUGCAACCUGUUUGAUAUGAAGAAGAAAACAGAAGUACUGCAUUUAUAUUAACUAAAUGCAGUGGAUCACUUCAACUUAAUUGCUUUAUGACAUAUGAUACCAUAUGUAGUAACUCAAACCAUCAAAUUGUAAGUAAUUUUUCUGUAUUCUUUGCGUUUCUACCUUGAUGAGUCCUAUCUCAAAAUCCUUUUUUGGAAGAAUGGUUCUGAAGAUCCUCAAUCAUUACUUGCUCUUACAAGUCCCACUACCCUUGAGAUAUGUGUUUACCUAUUUUACUUCAAUAAACUGCUGUGCACUGCAAACACUUCCUGAUAUCAAGUGACUGGCAGAACACAACAGAAUUCUGCAUAGAACAAAAUUGAGCUAGUGUCUGUCAAAAUAGAAAACAAUUGUAACAAGGUCAUGUGUAAUGACAAAAAAAGAUUAUGCUCAAAAUAGUAUAUUCAGUCAAUACCUCAUUUCUAGAAGUAAUUCACAUCUCUAAGACAAACUUGCACUCAUAGAAAUAGUGUAGGAUGGUAGGGGCCAUCAGCUCACACCUAACUUUGAAAAAUCUAAAAAUUUUUAAUUGAUGAUAAAAGAUUGCAGUUGUUUUAGCAAAAAAAGAUUUUGCAGUGUUUUUGUGGAAAUAGCCUGCUAGUAAUAUUUUCUAGCUGUGUCACACAUGUAUCUCAAAUUUUUGUUUCCCUGAAAUGUGGUUCCCUGAGCAGUCCUUGUCUGCAGAGUUGCCUGCAGCUGUUGAAGUUGUCAGCAAAUGUGAUUGCAUAUUACAAAUAGGGUGGUAUUUUCUCCUAUUUUUAUUGAAUAGUGGAAUUGAAUGAAGUUGCUGCAUUGAAAUAUGUCAGUCAUACAGUUCUUGCUUCAAUCUAUAGGUUACAAAAGGAUGGAAUGAAGCUAACAUGAUAAAUCCUUAGGUAGGGUGUACACUGUGAAUUUACCAUAUCCUGCAAUGUCAGUUUUGAGUAGUCUCUGCCUAUAUUUUUCCUGAUGCUGUAUGAAUUCGAAUGGAUGUUACUGAUAAGCCAAGAAAUGCUGUGUUUUGGUAUCUAUCUAUGUGACAGGUAAACUAAUGUGGUUCUUAAAGGUGACAGUACAAGAUGUUGGAGAAACCCCUUUGACUUUCAGAUUGAAAAUGAACAGGUCUUGAGGGUUCUGUAUAUGUUGACUGUUGUGUUUAGACAUCAAAAGCCUAUGGAUGACGGAAACUUUGAUCCUAGAAGUCUCUGGUGCUUCAUGUUCUAUCUUGCACUGUGGUGCUGCCAGUGCUGAUGGACUGCUUGUUCCUACCUGGACACUACUGAGAUUUAUGGAAAAAAUAUUUUAUCAGCCUUGAGGACUGACUGUGAAGUCUGCUAGGGUGUAGGUGAACAGAAGGAAAUUUUUUGUCCAUUGUUUGAAUGGCCAUCUUUACAGUCAUUCCCUUCAGUAACUGCUGUUCCAUGUCCCUUCUUCCUCCCUCCAGCAGGUGCCUCUGUGAUCCCCAGCAUCAGUGCUAACACAGGCCUCUACCCUGGGGCAUGUAUCCAUCUGCCCGAUAGACAGCAGAGGGAAAAGGGAAUAAGCAGUGUUCUGCAGCCCAGCUGGACCUCUGAGCACCUCUCUUGUGUCCCUUCCCUGGCUGGAAGGGACAAUGUAGGGUGUCUGAGUAAGCAGCAAAAUACAGGAAGCAAACACUGAAGUCACAGCUGCUCUCACAAGUCAGAAGAGGCUUUCUGUGCUUGAAAAAAGGCUUAGCUGUUCAAAGCUGUGAGCACCCAGGGACUGUGCUUCUUAAACUCAGCUGUAAGACUGGGUCCAGCUGUUACCCUGGCAUCACCCAGUCCACCAUCAAACCCUGUCCCUGGGCACAUCUACACAUGCUUCCAAUAGCUCCAGGAAUGGUGACUCCACCACUCCUCUGGGCAGCCUCUUCGAGUGGUUCACAACCCUUUUGGUGAAGAAAAUUUUCCAAGUCUCCAAUCUAAAGCUUCCCCUGGCAAAACAUGAGGCCUUUUCCUCUUGUUUGUUAUUUGGGAGAAGAAACUCUCACCUCACUACAAGCUGCUUUCAGGUUGUUGCAGAGAGCAAUGGUGUCCCCCACUGAGCAUCCUUUUCUCCUGGCUAAACAACCCCAGUUCCAUUAGCUGCUUCUCAUAAAACUUGUGCUCUAGACCCUUCUUGAAGAAUGCCUAGCCUACCUGGACUUGUUUUCCCCUCAGGACUGCUUCUGAAGCAGUGGUAUCAACCAGGCUCCUAAACAGCCCAAAAUCAGUCCAGUGUGGCAGUUCUGCUGGACACAUCUCCCUCCUACCCCUCUACCUGCUCCCUUCCUGAGAAUCAAAAACUCAUUUCAUGACUGUAUGCUCCACAUGGUUUCCAAGAGUCCUUUUCUGUUCACAAAUAGGGUGUCCUCCCUAAUUGGCUCCUUCAUCAGGUCUGUUAGGAAGCUUUCUUCCACACUCCAGGAAUGUCCUGGACUGUUUUCUCUCUGCUGUGCUUUAUGAGGUGGCAAGCAGCUAGAAGUAGAUAGAACCUAGGAGGCACCAUGGUCUCCUAGCACCUUCAGCCAGGCAGUCUAAAUAGUCUUUACAGCGUCCUCAUCUAUUUUGUCAUAGAUGUACUCACACUGCAAUUGGGUGCUGCAAGCAUAUGUGCAUGAGGAGCAGAAAACCACUGGAAAGGCUCACUGGUAGGUCUUUACUUACAUCUGCAUCAAAAGCAGCUUUCAGGUUUCUGUCCUUUAAAAUUUAAUGUUCAAAACCCUGACAAUCAAUUACAAUAAUAAAUAACACUUCAGUUCUUUUAGUGUUGCUAUGAGACAAGAAGAGUUCGUGAAAUGCUUUGGUUUUCUGUAGUUUAGGAAAAUUUCCAGCCAGGAGUUGGUAGAAAGCAUCAGUAUCUCUUUCUCCUCCAGUUUGGCAGCUGCAGGAAAUCAGCCUGCCAGAAAAGCUGCUAUAAAGCUGGAUGUUAGCAAACAGGCAGCUGCUCCUUGCGUUGGGGAAAUCUCGUUCUCUGACCCAAAUGGGUACAGAUCAGCCCAGUUCUGUACAGGUCUGCAAAUGCAAGCUGCUCAUUUUUCAUUGUGGUGGUGAGGUCAUUAGUUGCUGGUUAUUGCUACCAAUUGGCCUCUGUAAAGCCUCAAGAAGCUGACACUGUUUCUAAAAUCAGAGCAAUUUGCUGACUUAAAAUAUUGAUUCAUUUGAUUAAUUUGGUUUUGUUCAUAUCCUUUCUUGGGUCUAGAAUUGCUGUUUACUUGUAGAAAAUUAUUCUUUGGGGAAGCUUUUCCUCAUGAUUUAUUUCCAGUUCAGCUUUCACGUUGCUAGACUCUGCACCAACCCAAGAGAAAACACAUUUGCUGUUCAGUAAGGGACUAAUACCAUUGAUGAGAUGUGCCUGACACAGGAGGUUCACAGAUGUUCUUGCCCAAGCCUUUAGAAGGACAGUCAACAUGUGACAUUGCAGGAACAUACUCAGCAAAUCUCUAGGUAAGGAAAUUGACUUAAUAAACUUCUUUUCAUCAAACUAGAUGGAACCAAAUCAGGUUCUUUGCUGAGAAUUUUUUGUUUAUUAGUGCAGUAUAAUUUGCUGCUUACCAAGCUCUGGUACAGGCAGUGUUUGUGAGGGGAAGGCACGGUGGUGUUGGGAGGUUUCCUGCUGGAAGAGGGCAGCUCUGCUGGGAGCACAGCGGUGCUUGCUGCAGAGAUGAUCCUCCUCUGCAUCCUUAAGGAAGGGACACAACACAUUGCUACACAACCCAUCCCAAAAAAAUCACUUGACAUGAAAACCAAAGAAAGCUGAGCUGUUUGGUAGCCUGUUUGCUGCUUUUCAUUUCAUCAGUGAUAAACAUCAGAGAGAGGCUAAAGCAGGAAAUUGUCAAAAUAGCAGAAGGCAUCCUAGGACUCUGCUUCUGGUCUCAUAAUUAUUUCUGGGGUUUCUGACAAGAGGUACCAUUCACUGUGCUACCUUCACAUGCAUAAACCCUUCUGUGGGUAGUGAAUGUGUUGACAUAUGCAGAGUUCUUUCAAAAGUCCAUAUUCAAUACAGAUUUCAACAUCUGGACAACAAGUUAUCUCUCUGUAUCCCCAAGCAGCACAGAAGUUGGCCAUGUUUUAUAAUUAAGUGUGAUUUCUCCAAAAAGAGAUUAUUGCAGGAAAAUGAAAUCCUUCUUCCAUCAGAAGUUGCCUCCCUGUAUCUUUUUCUCUGCUGGAAGAUAUGUGUGGUAUUUGGGAUAUUUUUCUUCACAGAGGAUCUUGGAUUAAGGAUCGUGUGCUUUGGAUUUUGCCUAACAGGUGGCCUCACAGAUAGUGUUGACUCCCACAGUAUUUAUCCAAAUGACCUUAAAAUGCCUUAUUCAAAGAAACAAAAUGAAGGUCAUAGCCUUUCCCACCUCAACCCCCCAUUCCAAUAGCUGAAGUAGUGACAUCUAAUAUUGGUUUGCCAGAUUAUUUCAUAUAAUGUCACAAGAGACCCUACCUAACCAAACAGUAGUCAGCAUAUGCUGGAUAAUGUAACAAGUGUAGAAGUAAUAAAGUGGUGAAACACAGGGCUUUUGGAUGUCUUACUCUGAGAAAAGCCAUGAUAAGGACCUGCCUUCAUAGUAAGGUAUGAAACUGUCAUUCUGGCAGUCUAGUAAGCUCUGUUUGACACUGGGAGUAUGAUACCUACUCAGCAACAGCAGGGCAUAAUAAAGAGUUCCUGUACUACAAAUAAGGGUAAUAUAAACAAUGUUUUCCUCAUUUCUUAAACUAUUUAUGGUAUUUAUGCAGAUCAUAUUACUAGUACCUUUUUUCCUCAGGUACUAAAAGUCCCUAAUUCUUGAGAGAAAAAAUAAAGGUGUUUGUUAGUAGCUUGGUGCUUCUCAUGCAUCUGCCUUGAAUUUUUCCCUGCUAUGGAGGACAGCUAAGAUUUAAUUAACUACAAGCAGAAAAAGAACUUCUAAAUUCCUCAUAAAGACCGUAUUCUGCCAGCUGGGCCAAAAACAAAACAAAAAAUAUGCAAGUAAUGGCAGCUAAUGGCAUUUCCAAAUGGGCC